GUUAUCUAUGCUAAUCCAACUAAUUGAGAAUGACCGAAUCGUUGCCGGACAGUGUUGAUGUCAUCGUUCUUGGCACUGGACUGACGGAGUCGAUAAUUGCGGCUGCAUGCUCUCGCUCUGGUCUUAGUGUGCUUCAUUUGGAUAGGAACAAAUAUUACGGUGGCGACUGGUCGUCCUUCAAUUUGUCAACCAUCAACGAUUGGGUAGAACAACAAAAGAAUGCAUCGGAAGCUGAGCCAGACGUUUCAAAAUAUAGUGACAAGCUCAAAGAAGGUGAAACACUGCAAGCGCUUGGUAAGCGUAAGACAGUUCGAAAUGUGAUCCAGGAAUGGCUGCCAGCCAGUGAAUCAAUGACCACUGUUGACAAAGGGGACACAUCUGAACAGAAAACCGUCAAAGAGGCUGUGGAAGCCGAGUGGCGACGAUUCAGCAUUGACUUAACGCCAAAGGUUCUGUUGGCUCGUGGGUCUAUGGUUCAAACGUUAUGUGAUUCUGAAGUCGCCAAGUAUGCUGAAUUCAAAUGCGUAGACCGAUUUCUAUGCGUACGUGAGCAAGAAAAUGCUGAGAAAUUGGAAUACAGUCGUGUUCCAUGUAGUAAAGGAGAUAUUUUCCAGGAUGAUCAGUUAGGAGUCGUGGAUAAACGCCGCCUUAUGAAAUUCAUGACGUUCUGCCUUGAAUGGAAUUCGAAGCGCGAAGAAAUGGAAGGAUGGAAGGAGUAUCAAGAUGAACCUUUCGAUAAAUUUCUGGAGUCGCAAGAAAUCACUGGGGAACUCCGAAGCUACAUUGCUGAUGCCAUAGGAAUACUGCAUCCCAAUGCUACCACUAAGGAUGGCCUGACAGCCGUCUGUAAAUUUGUGGAUUCUGUGGGACGUUUUGGCCCGUCGCCAUUCCUUACUUCGCUCUAUGGUAGCGGUGAGAUACCACAGUGCUUCUGCAGGCUUUGUGCUGUAUUUGGUGGAUUGUACUGUCUUGGAAGGCCCGUGGAGGCUUUAAUUCAUAAAGAUGGAAAAGUUGUUGGUGUGAUUGCGGAUGGCUUCCGGGUCAAUUGUUCUCAUUUGAUCAUGUCUUCUGAAUACGUCCCAUCGAGUGUGGAAUCUAAAGGUCCACAAAAAUGGAUUGAUAGAGCAGUUUAUAUCACAAACAGGUCGAUAUGGACGGAAGAAAAAGAACAUGUAACCUUGCUGAACCUCUUCCAACUAGACCCUCCAUCAGCUUUACGCCUUAUCGAAGAAGGGUUUGAAGUCUGUUGCGCUCCUAAAGGCUUCUAUCUCGUACAUCUGACUGGUCGCAAGGAAGCAGAGGAAUCAUCAAUUCCAAAAAUCUGUCAACGAAUCUUCGGCGAACCGGAUAGUGAUCGACCGUCACCAUGUUGGAGCAUUCGAUUCGAGCUGCUGACUACAGCUGGAUUAGAGUUACCUAUGGACAACGCCUCUUGUGUAUCAGGGCCCGAUCAUGCUUUGGAUUAUGGAAGUUCUAUAGAAGAGGCCCAACGUAUCUUCUCGAUGUUCUGGCCCGAUCGUGAUUUCCUUCCAAGGUCACUACCCAAACCUGAAGAGGAAGAGGAAGCUACUGAAGAGCAACCAGUGGAGCAGGUCGCUUGAACCAGCACAUCUUGUUUUGAUCUAAGUCUCGAUUUUCUGCUUGCCAAGCAUUCUUUGGAAGCUUCUACGGCCGGCCUGAGGAAACAUGGCUCCAAUCAUCCUUAUCUAUACGAUUAUUUUCCAUAGCAGUCAUGAACUUGUAGAAUUGAUGGCGAUCGAAUAUUUUUAGCAUAAUCUGUUGAAACUAUUGUCAAUGGUCAGUGAUAUUUUGAAGAGCAAAGCUUCUGUUGUAUGACUUUAUGAACUGUUGGAGCAGCUUGUUGCUGUCGUGCGCUUUCCAAGUUUUGCUCUUCCGAAAAUGGAUGAGUGGGUGGGCUUCUGUUAUUUAUUCUGUUACGGUGCAUGUGGUGGCUGAAUUUCUAGUAUUAAUCCAAGUUUCUUGCUGCUGUCCUGUUCAUGUUGCCAACUUAAUGUGUUUAAAUGCAUUGAUUGAUUUUCUGUCACCAGUUGAAAGUACUUUACCAGGCUUACAUUACUUCAAGCACUUCAUUAUUCCAAAGAGAAAAUUCCAUACGACUGUGUUACUUUAUGAUGAGACCUUUGCAUCUCAUUGUGCAAUUUGUUGUGAUCUGCUGCGAACGUUGUCCAAACAUAUGAUCCCCCUGUGAAAACGCGGUUGUCUUCUUCGCUUAAUUGCUUUGUUCCACAUAAAUAUUUUGUACUACAGCA